AAAACGCUUAUUUUGCUACUUCAUACUAUUUUAGAAACAUGAUGAUGGUCUACUUUUUAUUUUGCUUUGUGAUAAGUAUUUUUUUAUUUUUUGUUUAUCAAUUGUUUUUGUUGUUUUAUUAGCAAACAAUUUAGUAAUUACAAAAAUCCAUCAUGAUUUUAAAACAUUUAAAAACUAUUAAAAUUCUCUCAUUCCAAAGAAAUUUGUCGAGUUUUCGCAAAUUACUUGAUAUUCAUCCUACUGUUAAAAAUGCCCUGUAUCACCAAGAACCGGUAGUGGCCUUGGAAUCUACUAUUAUAACGCAUGGCAUGCCUUACCCACAAAACUUAGAAACAGCCUUUGAGGUGGAGGACAUAGUAAGAUCGUCUGGUGCCACUCCUGCCACUAUAGCCCUUAUGGAUGGUCGUCUCAAGGUGGGCCUAUCAAAAGAUGAUAUUGUCCAAUUGGCAAAAAUGGAUAGAUCUGAAGUUAUAAAGUCCUCACGCCGAGAUCUAGCUUAUGUAAUAUCCAAUGGAAAGUGUGGUGGGACGACGGUAGCCGCUACGAUGAUUGUUGCUCAUAUGGCGGGUAUAAAAAUAUUUGCCACUGGUGGUGUGGGAGGCGUACAUCGCGAUGGUCAUAUCACAAUGGAUGUUUCGGCAGAUUUAGUAGAAUUGGGACGAACUCCGGUAACGGUGGUGAGUAGUGGCGUAAAAUCCAUAUUGGAUAUACCUCGUACAUUGGAAUAUCUGGAGACCCAAGGUGUCUGUGUGGCCGCCUUUAAUAGCGAAGGUGGCAAAUUUCCCGAUUUCUAUACUCGUGAUAGUGGUUGCAAAGCUCCCUACAAUUUACAAAAUCCCCUAGAAGCUGCUAAACUUAUAAAUUCUUUGCAUCAACUACAAUUGCAAUCGGGCAUAUUAAUUGGUGUCCCCAUACCCGCUGAAUAUGCCGCCGAUAAAGAUUUAAUUACUGCCGCCAUAGAUCAAGCCUACACAGAUGCUGCCGCCCAAGGAGUGGAAGGAAAAGAAGUUACACCUUUUCUAUUGGCUGCUAUUGCAAAAAUUACGGGCGGUUCUAGUCUUAAAGCGAAUAUGGCUUUAAUUAAAAACAAUGCCCAUGUUGCUGCCAAAAUUGCUUGUGAAUUAAGCAACAUUGUUAACAAAAAUACUCAACCGUCGGAACACACAUCAACUACAUCAAGAAACCCCUUAGUAAUUGGUGCCUCAAUGUUGGAUCUUUGCCUCACUAUGUUGGAUGAUAUACCCUUAAAUCUUAAUGGCGCUACCUAUCGUACCAGUGCAAAAGAAUCGGGCGGUGGGGUAGGUCGUAAUUUGGCCGAAGCCAUUUAUAAAUUAAACGGUUCUGCUAGUUUUGUUUCGGUUAUAGGUAAAGAUCACAUGGGCCAAAGCUUGUUACAAUUAAUACCAGAAUCUAUGCGUCAGGGCAUUCUUAUUGAUCAGGAAAAAACUACCUCUAUUUGUUCUAUAAUAUUUGAUAAAUUCGGCAAUUGUAAGAUGUGUUUAGCCAAUAUGGAAAUACACAAAUCUCUAACACCAAAGGUGAUAAGACAACAAGAAGAACAAUUCAAGCAUACACCCUUAGUGGUAAUAGACAGCAAUUUAAGCGUAAAUACCAUAGAAACAAUAUUGGAAUUGUCGCUACAGUACAAUAAGCCAGUGUUUUUUGAGCCCACCGAUAUGUUAAUAGCCGGAAAACCUUUUGAGCUGGACACCACACUAACACAGCAAAUACGCUUGAUUACACCCAAUGUUUUUGAACUUAAAGCUAUAGUCGAAGCCAUAACCGGCAAAAAGAUUAAUUGGCUACCAAAUAAUGCUUUGUCAUCCCAAGAGCAACUAGUCGCCGAAUGCCAGAAUUUAUUAAAGUUGAUUGAAAAUAAAUUCGAUUGCAUUGUCGUGACUUUGGGUGCUCAUGGUGUCUUGGUUAAUUUACGUGGCAAUAGUUUUGAACAGAAAAUGUUUGAACCAUCAACGGGAGCCUAUAUAAAUUACCCAUCAACUAAAUUUUCUACCCGUUUUUAUGCUGCCCCCUCUAUUGAAAAUAUUGUAAAUGUUUCGGGUGCCGGCGAUAGUUUAUCAAGUGGCUUUAUAACUGGUUUACUACGAGGUUUAACCAUCAAUGAUAGUAUAGCUUUUGGUUUUCUGGCAGCUAAACGUUCACUACAAUCCAACUCCGCUGUGCCUGAACAAUAUUUUGCAAACAGUGAGGAAGAGCAAAAACUUUUAAGCAAUGAAAUUAAUGCCUUAAAGUAUAGAGAUUUAUAAUUUUAAAACCUAUAUAAGUUUAAAACCUAUCCUAUGAUGUUUCUGUUGUUUAUCCAAAAAGAAAAUAUGCAUUUUUAUUAUUUUUUUUUAAUUUUAUUAACAUUAUUAAUAAGCCCAUCUGUAAAUAAGUAAAAAAUAUAAAAUAAAUUUUAUAUUUGCAUUUCUUUUGACAGUAUAUU